AUGCCCUAUUACGACCAGAAUUUUGAUUUCAUAGCGGAGUAUGCGAAGACGGGCCGAUCCCACUGCCGUGCUUGUCAUACCAACAUCCCGGACAAGGCACUCCGACUCGGGCGGAUGGUCCAGAGCCCUCACUUUGAUGGGAAGGCCCCUACCUGGUACCAUGCGAAGUGCUUCUGGAGAGGGAGAUCCCUGCCGGCUUCCAUCUCGGACAUUUAUGGUUUCUCUUCGUUGAAGUUCCCGGACCAGGAGGAGAUCGAAGCACGUAUAGGGGUGAUGCUCGCCACCUCUAGCCGAGGUGCUUCAUCGGGAAGCAGUUCUUCAUCCUCGAUCGGACUAAGUGUAGAGUAUGCUAAAUCAAGCCGGUCGGAGUGUCGUGGUUGCUACAAGCUCAUUGACAGGGGAGAGCUCCGUCUGGGGAUCGACGGCAUCAAAGAGACGGGUUAUGGCUUCAACGUGGAAGCCACUGAUUGGCAUCAUGUGAAGUGCUUCCUCCAGCGUGGGGACUUCUCUGCCAUGCGCUUGUCUAGUGUAGAUCAGCUUAGAGGGAUCAGCGGUUUAGAUCCUGCUGAUAGGGAUGUACUGCAGGCAGCUAUUGAUGACCGUAAUGGAGUAGCGAAGACACCUCGAGGUCCCAAGCGGCAAGGGACUCUCAAUGCCAAUGUGGGGAAGAAGGGGCGUAGCAGUGUUGCUAGCGGAGCGGAGGAGAGCGUGGCGGCCAGCGGGGUGUCUAAGGCCAGGCUCCGAGAGCAGUCGGAUCGGUUGUUUACAGUGAUGAAGCUCCUCGAGUGCCUCACUCGAUCGGACCUCCUUGAUGAGCUACAGNNNNAGGCUAAUGGUUACUGGAUGAAGAAGGGAGGGGAGGAUGAUCUGCGGCAGAUAGUGGCUGACUGCGUCCUCUUCGGUAUACCAGAUCGAUGUCCUACGUGUAACAGUGGGCGCUUCAGGUUACACGGUGAGAACUAUGAAUGCAGUGGUUGGAUAAGCGCAUAUACCAAGUGCACUGAGACCACGAGGAAGCCGGGCCGGAGCCUCUGGCGGUUCACAGAGGACACCCUUAUGCUGCACCCAGAGCUGUCGCAGUUGACGCCCUCAAUAGGUGAUCGACUUUUCGCAACUAUGGAGAAAUCAAGGGCGGCCAAGCGGGAGUCUGCAGGUGGCCAGGACGAGGUUCAACCUGCUGAAUGGAAUCGUGUGGGUGAUAGGACUAAUACGCCUUUAAAAGGUAUGAUAAUCGGGGCGAUUGGCCGGUUGAGCCACACUCGACCUCAGCUGAAACAAAUGAUCUCUGAGGGUGGUGGCAAUCUGCGAGACAAGGUUGAUGGAAGAGUUAACUUGGUUAUAUCCACUGUAGCGGAGCUCGAGAAGCAAGCGGACAUAUACGCUAAAGCACGGCGCUCGAGGCUUCCUGUGGUGAAUGAGGCGUUCGUCCUGGACUGCUUGGACCGGAAGGAAACCUUGCCGAUGCAAGGAUAUCUAUGCCAUCCUGAAGAGACGUCUGGCUUCCUCGGUCAAAGUGCAGGCCGGAAGAGUGUGGCUUCCACGCCCAGUCGCUUGUCGAAAUACUCAAAGUCGAGUGGGAAGGAGAAGUUGAGAGUGAAAAAUGGUGUGGUCGUACACGACGAGGAGCUCGCUGAGAAAGCACACAUUCUCGUUGAUGGCAACGUGGUCUAUAGUGAGACCCUCUCGAGGACGGAGGCAGCAUCUGGUACGAACAGCUAUUACAUUAUGGAGCUUUACGAGGCCGAUCAAGGCACUGGCUAUUGGAUCCACAGGUCUUGGGGGCGUACGGGAAAUGAUGCUAUUGGUGGAGAGAAGCGUGAGAAGAUGGCUGAUAAGAAGAAUGCUAUCUCUGCUUUCGAAGGGCUAUUUGAGGAGAAGACAGGGAAUCCCUUUCAUGAGGUUGCCGCCGGUCUGCUGCCUUUUGAAAUGCAUCCUGGCAAGGCGUUCCGACUGGAUACCAAAAUUGAGAAGGCGCCUAGUGAUGGUCUUACGGAUGGUUCGACCCUCCCGAAGGCUAUUGCUAAUCUGGUCGCACUUAUUUGCGACAUCGAUGCUAUGGAGCAGGAGCUUCGAGAUCUUGACAUUGAUCCGGAUAGGAUGCCUUUGGGUCGGAUAUCACGGAAGGGCCUCACUGCGGCAUUCAGCGUCCUACAGGACUUGCAAGUGGAGUUGAUGCAACCUCGUAGGGCUCAUUCAGUGUGUUGUGGGGGCGUUGGAGUUGAUGUAUCAGGUGGGCCACGGAAUCUUAUAUUAGCCGACUUGACCAACCGCUUUUAUACUAUGGUGCCACAUAGCAUUCCACCGGGUGUGCCUCUGCCAGUACUUGACAAUGAGCAUAUCAUCGAUCAAAAGGUUGAGCUGGUUCAGAGCCUCAUGGACUUGGAGCUCUCUUACAGCGUUGUCUCCGCCCCGAGUGUGAAGGGUGGUGAUCCAAUCCGAGCCAAAUACAAUCAGCUGAAGUGUGGACUCAGCAUGGUCGAUCGGGCCUCGUUGGAAUUUCAACUCAUCGAGGAAUACGUUGUUAAUACCCACGGGCCAACGCAUACUACGUACAAGCUGCAUCUCAUUAACUGCUUCCGAGUUGAUCGGUUUGGAGAGAAUGAGAGGUUCGAGCCCUACUCGAAAGAACCCAAUAGGAUGCUACUAUGGCACGGUUCGAGGAUGACCAACUGGGCUGGCAUCCUACCCGAGGGACUGCGUAUAGCCCCACCACAAGCGCCCGUCACGGGUUACAUGUUUGGCAAAGGAGUGUACUUUGCUGAUAUGGUCUCCAAGAGUGCCAACUACUGCUUCGCUUCGCUAAGCGCUGAGACUGGGUUAUUGAUGCUAUGUGAAGUGGCGUUGGGGAAAUCGUUGGAGCUCCACGAGGCACUCUUCGUGUACGGCGAUGGCCAAGACAAACCACCCCAGGGAUUCCAAGGUAAGAAGCUUCCAAAGACGUACCGCAGUACCAAAGGUAUCGGUGGUACUUGCCCAGAUCCUGCAAGUAACUACAUCACUCCUGAUGGUUGCAUCGUGCCUCGAGGCAAGCCAGUGAAGAACCCAGCUCAUAGGGCCAACGGCUCCCUCCUUUACAAUGAAUAUGUUGUUUAUGAUGUCUCGCAGAUAAGGUGCAAAUACUUAGUCGAAUGCAAAUUUGAAACUACGGGAACGAUGUGGUGACCGU